GGUGCACAUACGCAUAGUACACGUAAUCCAUAAUCCACGAUGAAAAGAAUAGCGGUAGUAUUUCUGAUAGCGUUGGUGACGGCGGCUAUCGCCUCUGACAUUGACUGGUCCAAGGUGCGCCCGAUCGAAGAAUUCGAUCACUACUGGGCACGUCUUCCGGCAGAGUUGCAAUACCUUCGCUACUCAGUUCCUAGUGCGAGAGUAACUAAUGGACGCGAAGCCAAUCCUGGGCAGUUCCCGUACCAGGUUGCUCUGGUCAUUAGCUUCAACCAAGGUAGCGGAUUGUGCGGUGGAUCCAUCAUUUCCAAUGACUACAUCCUGACGGCAGCUCAUUGCGUCCAAGGAGCCAGCGGAGGAACUGCUUUGGUUGGGGCACACAACCGACUGAACAACGAACCUUCUCAGCAGUCCAUCGUCUUCGAGCUCAGUGGAAUCACGAUACAUCCAGACUAUACCGCAAACACCAUCAGAAACGAUGUGGCGACCAUUCGUCUGACCAACUCGAUCGUGUUCAACGAUCGUGUCCAACCAAUCCGUCUUCCAAGCCCAACGGACGCGCGCACCUUCUCCGGUCGGAUAGCAACGGUAUCCGGAUUCGGACGAACUUCGGACGACAGUCCCUACACUUCCGCAGUGGUUCAAUUCGCCAGCAAUCCCAUCAUCACAUUCGCCAACUGUUUGGACCAGUGGAACAAUGCAAUGCACGUGAUUCAGACGCAGAAUAUCUGUCUGUCGGGAUAUGGUGGUCGAUCGUCCUGCAAUGGAGACUCCGGAGGCCCGCUGACGGUGCAGGAAGACGGCGAAAGCCUUCAGGUGGGAGUGGUAUCGUUCGGAUCUUCGGCUGGUUGUGCUAUCGGACGGCCUUCGGUCUAUGCUCGGGUGACGCACUUCUUGGACUGGAUCUUGGAGAACUCCGACGUUGGAGAACAAGUAGCUUAGGCAGUGGUUUAAUAAAAAAAAAAUGUUUCUCACAGUUUUUAAAGGUUGUUUUAAAGUUUAAACCUUAUUUAAGCAUGUGCUAUAAAAAAAACUGGUUCCCACUUAAUUCUAUCAAAUUAUCGGGGUACUUUCAGCUUUCGCGUUUCUAACCUUUAAUAAUAUAGAAAAAUAUCUUUCAUUAAAAUGAGAAAUUUAAAUUCGGUGAACCCAAACGACACUUCAUUAACCAUGAUUUGGUUCGCAGAGUGCUUCAACGAGCGGAAUUCCUAUUGACCAAUUUCUCAAAAAGGUGCUCAGAUACACAGGCAUUGCAUACUACAAAAAUAAAAAUAAAAAUGACA